AUGGGUAAAUCAUCAUCUAAGGCUGCUAAGGCUACAAAGGUCUCCAAGAAGGAAUCCAAGAAGGUUGUUAAGAAGGAAGAAUCCUCAUCUUCUGAAUCUUCAUCAGACUCUGACUCCUCAUCAGACUCAUCUUCCGAUUCUGAAUCUGAAUCUGAAUCUGAAACCGCUAAGUCUGAAUCUGCUAAGUCAGACUCUUCUGAUUCUGAUUCUUCUUCAGGCUCAGAUUCCGACUCCGACUCUUCAGACUCCGACUCUGAUUCCGAUUCCGAUUCCUCCGACGAAGAAGAAGAAGAAAAGAAGGAAGAAGUCAAGGUUGUUAAGAAGGAAGCUAAGAAGGAAGUCGCCAAGAAGGAAGAAUCUUCUGAUUCUUCAGAUUCUGACUCCGACUCCGACUCUUCAUCUUCAUCAUCUUCUGAUUCCGACUCAUCAUCAGACUCCGACUCCGAUUCCGACUCAGAUUCCGAUUCCGACUCUGAAGAAAAGGAAGCUCCAUCUAAGAAGAGAGCUGCUGAAUCAUCUUCAUCUGAAUCAUCUUCUGCCUCCACUUCCCCAGAAGCUGAAGCUGCCCCAGCUCCAAAGAGAGCUAAGUUGGACGAAGAACCAGGUACUUUGUUUGCUGGUAGAUUAUCGUGGAACAUUGACGACGAUUGGUUAAAGAGAGAAUUCGAACAUCUCGAAGGUGUUGUUGGUGCUAGAGUUAUCAUGGAAAGAGCCACUGGUAAGUCAAGAGGUUACGGUUACGUUGACUUUGAAUCUAAGUCUCAAGCCGAAGCUGCUUUACAAGAAAUGCAAGGUAAGGAAAUUGACGGUAGACCAAUUAACUUAGACAUGUCCACUGGUAAGCCACAUCAAUCUAACCCAAGAAAUGACAGAGCCAAGCAAUUCGGUGACGUCCCAUCCCAACCAUCAGACACUUUAUUCAUUGGUAACUUGUCAUUCAAUGCUCAAAGAGACAACUUAUUCAACAUUUUCGGUGAAUAUGGUUCAGUUAUUUCAUGUAGAAUUCCAACCCACCCAGACACUGAACAACCUAAGGGUUUCGGGUACGUUCAAUUCUCCUCAUUAGAUGAAGCCAAGGCUGCUUACGAAGCUUUGAACGGUGAAUACAUUGAAGGACGUGCAUGUAGAUUAGACUACUCUACACCAAAGGAACCAAGCCAAGGUGGUUUCGGUGGAAACAGAGGUGGCUUCGGCGGUAACAGAGGUGGAAGAGGUGGAUUUGGUGGUAACAGAGGUGGAUUCGGUGGUCGUGAAAGACAACAAGGACCUCCAAGAACUGGUGCCAACAAUGCCGAAUUCAAGGGUACCAAGAAGACCUUCGAUUAA